UCACGCGCUUUCUCUCUAAUCUUCCCAUUUUCAAACCUUGACCCCGAUUGGCCUUCGUUGACUCCACCUUCUCAGGCACUGGUUCUGGCCGUCUGAAGAUCCUAGUGGCGAAUCCGGUGUUCACGUUCUCCGCCCUUCCACCGGGAAGCAGCGGAGUAGAUGGUUCUUUGCUUAUGCAAAGGAAACGAGUGAAAAAUGGUGGAGAUGUUUGCUCCGACCUCGAAGCCUUACGAAUGGAGGAUCUGGACUCCUGUAUUCAGCCUACACCUUCAAUUAAAGCUCCGAUGAGCUAUGCGAGCACCCUCAAAAACCCAGUUGAUCGCUACAGACACACAAUGAUGGAGGACUUUGAGAUGACUGAUGAUGACUGCACUUACACUCAAGGUAAACAUGGUCCAAACGUUUCUUUCUCUGAAAAAGUGCAUAAUAAAUUGGAUUAUGAAUGGCGAUGUGCUAUUGUUGUUAAGCUUAUGGGUAAACCAAAUUCCACCAACACCUUUGAAUUCAUGCUGAAAGGUCUGAGACGCAAGUGGGAAUUGAAAGGGGGCUGGCAACUUAUUGAUCUUCCCAAUGACUUUUUCAUUGUCAAAUUCAAUCUGGAAGAUGACAUGAAUCAUGCUCUUUGUGGAGGACCAUGGAUUCUGGCUGGGCAAACAUUAGUUGUUAGAAAAUGGAGACCAGACUUUGAUCCUAUGAAUGAAUCUAUUGGAAAAAUGGCAUUAUGGGUCAGAAUUUUCGGUCUACCUGUUAAAUACUUUAAGGAUUACGCAGUUGCUAAAAUUGGCAAGAUCCUUGGGGAAGUUGUCAAAGUUGAUCAAUUAACUCUUGGACAAGCUAGAGGAAAAUUUGCUCGUGUUUGCAUUGAAGUUGAUUUGAACAAGCCCCUGCGUCCUUAUGUUGAAGUGGAAUCUGCUGCCUAUCAUGUGGUGUAUGAGGGAAUUUCCCUUAUUUGCUUUGAAUGUGGUUGUUUUGGCCAUUCUAAAGAGAAAUGUCCUUCUCUUGUCAUUGACACCAGCGAUGCUCAUCCACAACAUAUUCCUAUAGUUUCUGAAAAUGAUGAAGGUAAUAAUUCAAUGGGAGAUGAUGUAACUAUUGCUCAACAGGCAAUGGAUACCAAUCUUGAGGGAAGGAAUUUUUCUCCGGAUUCUGGUAUCAUAAAGGAGGAUAUGGGACCAUGGAUGUUAAUGAGUUACAGGAACAAGAAGAAGGUUGGAGACACUGGAGGGGCAAGGAAAUUUGCUGGGGCUGGUUCUAGAUUUGCUGUUUUGCAAGAAGAGGAUGAGAAUGUCAAUCUUGCUUCUCAAUAGGUGACCAAUAAUGACCACACUGAAGAUACUAAUCCUACCAUCGUGAAACUAUGGAAGAGCUUUCAAGAUAAGAAGAAGACAAUAAAUAAGGCUACUGGAACCAAGACCAUAG